AGCAACAGGUAAGAAAUACAAGAACCGUUGAAGGCGACUCUGUUGUAGUGUUCUGACCGCACACACGUACAAGGCGGGAAUAAAGAACUAUUUCCAAAUAAUGGUCAUUUUCAGCGAAAAUUCGUUACCAUUCCCAUGUGCCAGUUCGGUGAUAGUGAUGAAGUGAGAUUUUUCUAUUGGCAAAGAGGAAUAUGCCAUUUGUGCAGUUCAUUUGGAUAAUCAGUUGAAAUGUGGAAAAUUUUUUGUACCGUUCUUUGGGUUCUUGUUGUAGGUUUUCAAAGUGGAGGCGCCAUAGAACUCAGAGCUUACAUAUCAGACGAAGGACUUCACGGGACCCUAACAUUCACCAAAGAAGGCAAUAAUGAGAUCUCUAUAAGAGCAAAGUUAGAAACAACCUUACAAUACCCUAGUCAAGUAUGGUCCUGGUCUCUGAACGAAUUCCCGGUAGACUACACCAUAACAGAAAACAGAUGCGAGAAUGAGAUACUCGGAAAACCUCUAGUCAAUCUCGAUGACGUCUUAGGAUACCUCAUCCUACCAGAUAAUAAAACUUUCGAGUACGCUACCAACAACUUAACUCUACGAGGUGACAAUGGCAUCUACGGCAAAUCCCUUCUCCUCAGGAACGUCGAUACAAACAGAAAAAUCUGCGCUUCUAUCAUCAUGGUGGAUAAAACCAAAGAAAAGACGGCUGUGGCAAGGUUCAAUUCGCCAAUUUCUGGGGACGUUUACUUCAGAUGGUUCUCCACCAAAGACAACCACAGCGAGAUGUUGAUAACCACCGAUCUGUACCACGUGAGGAACAAGGAAAACCACAACAAAAGAGCGAUGGAUUUCACCCAGCACAAAUGGAAGAUUUACGUCACAGACAUCUUGGAUUCCGAACACGAUAGGUCUGAACAAAAUUGUGAUAUUUUACAAUUGGUGUUCGAUCCUGACAAUAGAGGGAAAGGAAAGUCUAUAGGAGAUGUAGAUGAUAGAUUGGGAAAGGUGAAAAUUGCUUUGGACCACAACAAGAGAAAGUUUAAGGCUUUAUACAGGGAUGAUGAGUUGAGCUUGCUUCCUAAUGAUAUUUCUGGGCCUCAAAGGAGAUUGUAUCUCGUUAUAUUUGAGAAGAACCACGAAGAUGUGUUUUUGGCAUGUGCCAAUAUUCGUUAUGAAAAUCCAGUGUAUGCAAUGUCCAUAAUUCAAGCUGGAGGGGUAAAAGGAGAAGUUAAAUUCACUCAGAAUACAAAAUUCGAACCCACAUUCCUCAAUUUCAACUUCACAACAUCUAGAGGAGACUUGGACACCAGAUUAGUGUACAGUUCAUCGGUGGCUGGCUACAAAAUUCACGAGCUUCCAAUUAAACCUUCAAAGACAGUUAACAGUUUGAACGAGAAUGCUUGUUUCACGACAAAAUACAUUUACAACCCACUGAAGACUGAUAUAGCUGGGCAGCCCCCAAAUGGAUAUGGUACCCAAAACCAAUACGCUAUUGGAGAUCUAUCAGGAAAACUGUUACGACGUAACAACGCUUCAAGACUAGUGGAUGGACAGGAGUUAACAGGACAGUACUGGGAUGUAUAUCUACCAUUACGAGGACCACACUCUAUAGUACACAAAUCACUGGUGAUAUACAAGAAUACUCAGUAUCCAAAUAAGAUAUCCCAGGAACCUUGGAUCUGCGGAGGUAUAAGCCUUUACGAGGCCAACUUCAAGUAUCAGAAGCCAGUGUUUACUGCUGAAGUGCUCUUCAGGUAUCCUACUGUAGGCAGAAUGUUGUUUAGGCAGGCUAGAGAUGAACCAUGGGCAGACACAUCAAUUUUAAUAGAGUACUUGGUACAUGCUGAUGGUGCUUCGGUAAACAAUUCCUUCAGUCAUAGAUGGGCCAUACAUGAGGUAGCCCCUGGAAAAGACUUCUACGAUUGGCAGCAAAGGUGCAAGAGUUCAGGAGGGAUAUACAAUCCAUACAACGUAGAUUUUGACAACAAGUCAGAUCCACUAGAAACCUGUAAUUUGAGGAGCAAAGGAAUAUGCCGAUUGGGUGACUUGUCAUCGAGGCAUGGGACUUUGGAUAUUGCUGGAAGGAUAUCCGAGGCAGAUAAAAUAUCAAGAAAGAUGUGGACUGAUCCUGCUUUACCUCUGUCUGGUUAUCACACGAUAUUAGGGAAGUCCCUGGUUUUGUAUGAUGAUUUCGGACCUAAAGCCAGAGGAGAAAGAUUGGCUUGUUCAAAGAUUGGUGGAGUUUACAGAAGAAAAUCAGUUGUCAGGGAUUGGUUUGCAAACGGAAAUGAACUAAGCGUAAAAGGAAAAAUAGAGUUCAUUCAACAGACAGAAUAUGAUAUUACCAAUGUAGAAGUGUCUCUCGAAGGUUUGAAGGAUACUAGUGGAUACCAUAUUCAUGUUGUUCCAGUAGAGGAAAAUUUAGAAUUUCCCUGUGAGGCUACAACAUUAUAUGACCACUGGAAUCCUUUGAACGUAGACCCAUCAUCAUCACCAAGACUGUAUCAAGGUACCCCAGAUCAGUAUGAGAUGGGUGAUCUGAGUGGAAAAUUUGGUUCUCUUGAUAAUCAAACCAUGUUUAAAAUAUCUUAUAACGACACAAUGUUACCUAUAUUUGGACCACGAAGUAUACUGGGCAGAUCAGUGGUCAUCCAUAAGAGGGUAACAGGAGAUAGGUGGGCUUGUUCAACCAUUGAACGAGGUUAUAGUCCUUCAGAAGCUAGAGAAUUGAGGGCCAUAGCGUCUUUCCACCAUCCAUCAGGCUACGCCUAUGGUUAUAUGAAAAUGAGACAACUCAUACACAACGAUGGUAGCAAAAGCGAUACAACUAUUGAAGUAAAACUCAGGUAUCCAGGAAAGAAUGAUAGAAAUGUUACUAGAAAUCAUAAGUGGGCAAUAUAUGUGAAUCCUGUUGGUGUUGAUGCUGCAGUAAAGACACAAGCGACAAGGUGUGUUGCUGGUGGAUACAUAUGGAAUCCAUACUUCACACAGCUUGCUGAUCCAUUGAAUACAGAAUUAUACGAUCAGGAGUGUGGCCCUGAAAACCCUCUCAGAUGCCAUGUUGGUGAUUUGUCAGCCCGUCUUGGUACAAUCGACAUAGGACUGCAUCGUAAAGUUUUCACAGAUUCCAAUCUUCCUUUGGAAGGUGAUGUCACCGCUAUAGGGAGGUCUAUAGUCAUUCUUAGUCCAGAUCGGGGAUCACAAAGGUUCGCUUGUGCCAAUAUAGAACCGGACUAUGAUAUCGUUAAAUACGCCAAUAUUGAAAAACCACCCAGAUUUGUGCUUGCUCAGUUCAUCGAUGACAUAAGGGAAGUUAUGGGAAUACCAGAAUGGUUCAUCACUGUAGAUUCUAGGAGAACCAAAAUUCUUCACAACAAUGCCUGUGUUCAACUUCUGCUGCACUUCAAAGGGCCUAUUGCAAGCAAGUUGGAACAAGAUUUCAACCGUUUGCUUUCUAUCGGAAAAUUAGAAUCUCCUUCUCUGUAUAUUCCCGGUUAUAUCAAGGAGAAGAGAAAAACGAAGAUAUCUUACAAACAGUGUGGAGUUCGUGAUCCAAAUGAUAAGAAGAAAUCCAAUCGUCCAUUCUUUUUCGGUAGCAGUAAAGCUUCUGAAUCAACUACAUCUUCUUGGAUAUGUAUAGUAUUCAGUUUUAUUUCAAUGUAUUUAUUGUAUAUAUAAUUUAAAACAACUGUAAAAUAUUGAAGUUCCUGUUGUAUAUUUUGUAAUUAAACAAUUAAUAUUAAA